AAGUGACUUGAUGUCAGGUAGUUAGAAAAACUGCGCUGUUAAUGUCUGCGAUGGUUUGAGUGAGCUUGGACAGCUAAUUGAAUCUUCAGCGUGUACGCUGCCUACAUUAUGUUAAAAUAUUUAAUUCUGACGGUAAUUUCUGCAUAUAUUGCAUUUCACAGUGUACAAUACUAUGAUUUACUGAGUAUUUAUGAAAAUACAGUGUCUCUGCUAUUUUCGGUGGGAACAAGCAAAGAAGUCCGACUUUUACGAGAAAACGAGCUUUCAUUUCAUAACCGUGAAUCGGACAGCAGCAAACUUUACCUUUCAGUACUGGGACAGGUUUUUGAUGUUAGUCGAGGGCGGGAGCACUAUGGACCAGGUGGUGGUUACCAUUUAUUUGCAGGUAAAGAUGCAUCUCGUGCCUUUGUGACGGGCGAUUUCUCAGAGACUGGACAAACAGAUGAUCUAUCUGGUCUUUCCCCUCAACAGAUAGUAUCUCUGUUCGACUGGCUGGCCUUUUAUCAGAAGGAAUAUGAACCAGUAGGCAGGCUGAUUGGACGAUACUACAACGAGAACGGUGAGCCCACAGCAGCCUUGCAGCAGGUUGAAGAGAUUCUGGCGGAAGGACUAAAACUCAAGGCUGAGACCCUGGCUCAGAGCAAACUCUUCCCUUCCUGUAACUCUGCUUGGAGUGAUGCCAGCGGUGGAAGAGUGUGGUGCACCACAAUGAGCGGUGGGGUGCAGAGGAGUUGGGCAGGUGUCCCCAGAAAACUGUUCUCCCCCGGAAGCAGUGGCUACCGCUGUGUAUGUGUACAGAGCGAAGACCCUACAGCACUGAACAGCCCCCUACUAAAGCAAUUUGAGGACUGCCCCUCUCUUGCAGAGUCCUGCCGUGUUAAAACCUUGUGAACCGGUCCACACCUCAUAUUCAAGCACAGCUGUGAAUAAGAGACAAUGGCUUAGGGGUUUCCCAAACUCAAGCCAAGGGCCUACCUUGCAUAUGCUGGAUUUUGAAAACCUAUAUUUACACGCUUCCCAUAUGUUUGUCCUUAUACGAGUCUCAGCAGAAUACUGAUUUGGAGCAUUGCCAUCUUUUUUUUUACUCUGCAUUUAGUCUAGUCUAAAGUUUAGCCUCAGUGAAUUUAUGUCCACACUGAUUUUCCCAACAUCAUAUUAAUACCUUAAAAACUGUAACAUUUUUGUAAAGGGAUUAGUUGCAUCGGCAUGAACAGCCAAGAUAGAAUAUCCAGAACUGACCAAAAUUCACUAGCAGGUCCUAACAUUAAUCUAUGCAAGCAAAUCUUUUUUUUAAAUUUUUUUUUUUACACACAAUACUGCUUUGGGGGAAAACUGCCCGAUUCUGAGCAUUUAACAGCUUGUUAUACUUGAGACAGCAUAUGCAGCAAGGCUCAAGAACCAAGUUUGAUACCAAGCCAUGAUAUAGACAAUGGGCCAAUCCAAUGGGAAAGGUGCUAGAUAUUUGGGUUUUCUUUCACUUGAGGAUGCUGCUCAGCAGUUCAGCUAGUAAAAAAAACAUUCCACACGUUCAUUGAUCGUCACCAAAGUACGGGACAUGUCUAUGGAACUGCAAGUGCUAUUGCUGCUGUGGCAUACUGACAUACAUUUGUAAUACAUACAUAUACAUUUAUAUACAUUUAUUUAAUAAAAUGACACUGGAAUGACACUGGCUAACUGCAAUGACAUUCUUAAAUAAAUACUAGAAGUCUAUAGCAGAAUGACAAUGCACUUUUUAGUUUUUUAAAUUUAUUUUCAGGUUUAAUUGUGAAUCUUGAGUUAAUAUUUGAACUACAUGUAUUUAUGUCCUAGGAAAUUGACCUUCAUGCACUUCUUGUGUUCCAUUGAUUAAAAAUGUUUUUUUAUGUUUAAGCUUAGUUCUGAUCAAGGUUUGGAAUGAAGAAAUAUGAAAUGAUCCAUUUAUGUUCAAGUAAAUUGGUAAAUCAAGAAAAGAUAAAAUAUUUUAUUUUUAGCUUAUAGUAUUUCAAGUAAUCCUAAAAUUCCACACACUGAAUACCAUUCAUUUGUAAACAAAAAUAUGCAAAUUAGCAUUUUUAAUCUUCAGGUUUACUGUUUUAUAAUCAAAGUAUGGAAUAAAUGAAGAAACAGUAAAUGAUUUUGAUGACUAGGUUUCUGUAUGUAAUAAAAAUUCUAAAAUUGCUUAACAUCUAUUCAAGCCAUCCCAAUGCAAACAUACAGGUUUAGGUUCCCUAGCGGUUUGACCCUUCAUGUUAAUAGCCAGACAUGACUUCUUUAAUGGUUUGUAGGUAUAUGAUUAUCAAAUUUGUAGUUUUCAACUACAAAUUUUGAAACUUUGUGGAUAUUGCAUCUGUGUCACUUAGAAUGUGUUAAAACUGUUCCCUACCUGAGAAUGCAAAGUGAACGAGACUGUAACAACCAAUCCCAAUAGAAUUAGACCCCUACUUCAAGUUCAAGUGACAAAAACGAUGACAUUUGAUUUAGGUGCUAGCUUCCUUUAAAACCAUGACUCCAAGCUCCUGUACCAUUGGUGUCUGCAAAUUGCAUUUUAAGAAUAUGUUGUUGUAAAUGUUGACAGAUGUUUACUGAAAUGUGAGUCUUUGUCUUCGUGAUCAUUGUCUCACAUUGUAAGUCAUGAUAUGUAGAAAUAGUCUGAUAGCCUGCUGUUAGAAGAUAUAGAAUCAGGUCAAUCAACAUUUGGUCUCUCUCUCACAUACACACAAUCUCUGGUAAUCCAAAGGUAGUAAUAUAAAAAGACCACUUUAAUUGAGCAUUGCUGUGCACUCAACGUGUUCACUCCAACAUGUAGGGAGAAUAAACAUGGCAGUUAUUCUGAAAAAUAA